AUUCGAUUCCCGCAUUUUUUUUUAUUUAUUUUUAAUGUUGAUUCCCGCAAUUUAUAGUUAGUGGAAUUUAACUUUAAUUCCAUAUUCGAAGAGCACCAAUGCUUGGAGACUGCACUCGCACCUCUUUCUCUCUCAUCUCCCUCUCUCUCUCUCUCUCUCUCUCCCUACAAACAGAAAGCAUCCCUCUGGAAUCUGCAGAGCGAGGAAGAGAGGACUCUGAAGAUUGUGGAAGCUUUUCCGCAACUCAGAGCUUCGCUUCAAUUUCAUCUACCAUUUUUGUUGUUGUUGGCUUUGUAGAAAGGUUUAGAGAGAGAAAAAACAGCCAUGGAUGGCGGACCUAAGCUUCCUAUUCUUGGUGUGAGAAAUGUGAUGAUAACAAGUGCUCUGCCAUAUGUCAACAAUGUCCCCCACCUCGGCAACAUAAUCGGCAGUGUAUUGAGUGCUGAUGUGUUUGCUAGGUAUUGCCGGCUUCGUGGGUAUAACACCAUAUACAUUUGUGGAACUGAUGAGUAUGGAACAGCUACUGAGACCAAGGCGCUUGAAGAUAAUUGCAGUCCUCAAGAGAUUUGUGAUAAAUAUCACACAAUCCACAAGGAGAUUUAUGACUGGUUUGAUAUAAGCUUUGAUAAGUUUGGACGUACAUCUUGUCCGGAUAACACUGAAAUCUGCCAUGGAAUUUUCAACAAGCUAUUGAUAAACAAUUGGCUUUCUGAAAACGAACUGCAACAGCUUUAUUGUGAUAAAUGUCAGCGCUUCCUAGCUGACAGGCUUGUGGAAGGAACAUGCCCCAUGCCUGGGUGUGGUUAUGGGGAUGCUCGGGGUGAUCAGUGUGAAAAAUGUGCAACAUUGUUAAAUCCCAGUGAACUGAUAGAUCCAAGAUGCAAGGUCUGUCGCAGCUCUCCUUACAUUCUUGACACCAACCAUUUAUUUUUAGAACUUCCACUGCUAAAGGAUAAGUUGGAAGAGUAUAUUAACAAGAUGUCGGUAGCUGGAUCCUGGAGCCAAAACUCAAUUCAGGCUACAUAUUCUUGGCUAAAUGAAGGAUUGAAACCCCGAUGCAUCACAAGAGAUCUGAAAUGGGGCAUUCCCGUCCCUCAUGAAAAGUUCAAGGACAAGGUUUUCUAUGUGUGGUUUGAUGCCCCCAUCGGAUAUAUUGCAAUAACUUCUUGCUAUACAUCCGAGUGGGAGAAAUGGUGGAAGGCUCCUGAAAAUGUCGAGCUGUUUCAGUUUAUGGGCAAGGAUAAUGUGCCAUUCCACACGGUAAUGUUCCCUUCGAUGCUUCUUGGAACCGAUGAGAACUGGACUAUGAUGAAGACAAUUAGUGUUACAGAAUAUUUAAACUACGAAUCAGGGAAAUUCUCUAAAAGUAAGGGUGUUGGAGUGUUUGGUAGUGAUGCAAAAGAUACAGAGAUACCUGUUGAAGUCUGGAGAUAUUAUCUACUCACUAAUAGACCAGAGGUUUCAGACACUUUGUUUACAUGGACAGACCUUCAAGCCAAACUCAAUAACGAAUUGCUGAAAAACCUUGGAAAUUUUAUUCAUCGUGUUCUCAGCUUUGUUGCUAAACCUUCAGGUGUGCAUAAAACAUGACAACACUUUUAUUUCUUUAUUUCCUUCCAUCAUGAAUUUAGAAGUUUGAGCAUGAAAUAUUGUCACAAAUUUUGAUUCAGAUGGUGUACCUUUUUUUAACUGAGGGUUAUACUAAAUAUUGUACGUGAAUUUUCUCGUGGAUUAAGCUAUUUACAACUGCAAAAACAACUUUCUAUUGUGUGCACCUGCGCUUGCAUGCGUGGGAAUGUAUAUGAUGCGCUUGAAUGGUCGUUUGUCUAAAUGUGUGCACGUGCAUGUGCAGAUGAGAUGGAUGAAUGGUACGAAGUUCACACAAAACAAAAAUGGAAUAAAGUUAAACUAAUUAAUUAAUAAAUCAAAAUGCAGAAAGAAGGAUCUUUAGAUCCUAAUCUGUAUUGAGUUGAAGUCAAAUUAUAUGUAUAAAUUGGACUCCAUGUAGAUGUGCAUAUAAAAUAGACUGCACAUAUUGUGCUAUGUUCUUGUCAUGGUGCAAUAUCAGGGUGUUACAAACAAUACAAACUGGGAGAGCAUAUGGUCAUUUGAACAAAUGGUUUGUCAGAAGUUGUUUACGUGCUGUUUCAAACACACUUUACUAUUGCAUACCUUACCUUGCUUUUGACUUAUUCAUUAACAUAAAAUAAUAAUUUAGAAGUUGACUCUUCGAAUAUUUUUUAUUGGACUUUGGAUAAACACAGGAAUUGUGCUAAAGCCAAUACAAAUUAAUUCCUUUGACAUGCUUUCUUCUAGUGCUGCAUAUUUUUUGUGGAACGCCUCUUGUCCUUUUCAGAUAUUAUUUCUAAAACCAAAUCCGUUUGUCUUGUACAAGUGUUUUCUGUUUGAAACAUGUUUAUGCUAGUAAGUCGAGUAUUCUUUGCUACAUAAUUCUUUUAUCUUGAGUAUUUCUCCAAGCACAGCAGGUGCGGUACUGCAAAACAGGAUAUUUGUCCUCAGGAUUUGGUAAUUCCUUCUUGAAGUACUAUUCACUGUAGUUCUCUUGAUCUGCAAGGAAAGAACCGAAAGAAAAUGGUUCUUAUUUGUAUUUCUUUCCUACAUUAUAUUUGUAAACAUAUGUAUUUCUUUCCUACAUUCCAUUUAUCUCAUGCACUUAAGUUCUUCUUGAAAGAAAGACUAAUGCAAUCUUGCCGGGGGAUAUAUAUUUCUUAUUUUUCUU